AUGGUCGCCGGCAUAGAGUUAAUGGUGGCCGCCGCCCUCUGCGCCACUUGUCCGCCGCUAAACGAAUCCCUGCCGCCGAAUCUGAUUCAGCUGGGCGAUGACACCGGCCUGCCCACCGAAAUGCCCAUUGAUCUGGAGGCCUCGGUUGCCGGCGUGGAUGUGGAUGCCCCCGCAGAGACGCUGGAAACUAUUAUUGGAAAGAAGCUUAAGGUGCGCGAGAUGCGCGAGUGGAUAGUGGGCAAGCAUCUGCGGAUUGCCACGCUCGAGGACUAUCCGCUUAGCUAUACGGAGCUGCUGGAGAACGGCACACGCAUUGGCCACGGCGUGUCCUUCCAGAUUAUUGAUUUUCUCAAAAAGAAGUUUAACUUUACGUACGAAGUGUUUGUUCCCCAGGACAACAUUAUCGGCUCACCCACCGACUAUGAUCGCAGUCUUAUAGAGAUGGUCAAUAGUAGUGUCGUGGACCUGGCUGCCGCCUUUAUACCUUCACUUUCUGACCAGAGGAGCUUUGUUUACUACUCAACCACAACGCUGGACGAGGGCGAGUGGAUAAUGGUGAUGCAGCGGCCUCGGGAAUCGGCCAGCGGCUCAGGCCUGCUGGCUCCCUUCGAGUUCUGGGUCUGGAUAUUGAUCCUGGUCUCCCUGCUCGCCGUUGGGCCCAUCAUUUACGUGCUGAUCAUCCUGAGAAACCGAUUAACCGGCGACCGUGAGCAGCUACCGUACUCUCUGGGCCAUUGUGCUUGGUUCGUGUACGGGGCGCUGAUGAAGCAGGGCAGCACUCUGUCCCCCAUUGCCGACUCGACCCGGUUGCUUUUUGCCACUUGGUGGAUUUUCAUCACGAUACUGACGUCCUUCUAUACGGCCAACCUGACUGCCUUUCUCACCCUCUCGAGGUUUACGCUCCCCUACAACACGGUCAACGACAUCCUGACCAAGAACAAGCACUUUGUCUCCAUGCGGGGAGGUGGGGUGGAGUAUGCCAUUCGAACAACCAACGAGUCUCUGUCCAUGCUGAAUCGUAUGAUUCAGAAUAACUACGCCGUGUUUUCAGACGAGACCAAUGACACUUACAACCUGCAAAACUACGUAGAACGGAAUGGUUAUGUCUUCGUGCGGGAUCGGCCGGCGAUCAAUAUAAUGCUGUACCAAGACUACCUGUACCGCAAAACCAUUAGCUACACCGACGAGAAGAUUCACUGUCCUUUUGCCAUGGCCAAGGAGCCAUUCCUCAAAAAGAAGCGCACUUUCGCCUAUCCCAUCGGUUCGAAUCUAAGCCAGCUCUUCGAUCCUGAGCUUCUCAACCUGGUCGAGUCGGGCAUCGUGAAGCAUCUUUCGGCCAAGGACCUGCCGAGUGCGGAGAUAUGCCCACAGGAUCUUGGCGGCACUGAGCGACAGCUAAGAAAUGGUGAUUUAAUGAUGACCUACUACAUCAUGCUGGCCGGCUUUGCCACUGCGCUGGCCGUCUUUAGCACAGAGUUGGUGUUCCGCUAUGUGAACAGUCGCCAGGAGGCAAACAAGUGGGCGCGUCACGGCAUUGGCCGCUCGCCCAACGGUCAGUCAGUGGCUCCCUCCCGUUGGCUUCGAGGCUGGCGCCGCUUGGACAGCGGCCACAAGCAAUUGCUAGGUGCAUCCACUCAUGGUCAGAAUGUCACACCGCCGCCACCCUACCAGAGCAUCUUCAAUGGGGCCGGCCAUGGGGAUGCGUUGAACCGUUGGCGACGACCUUUAGGUAAUGGAAACGGGAUCGGUAAUGGCGUCCUGCUUGGCGGCGAUUCUGAUGGUGGCGUCAGGCGUUUGAUCAACGGUCGCGACUAUAUGGUGUUCCGGAGUCCAAACGGCCAGAGUCAGUUGGUACCUGUGCGAUCGCCCUCGGCGGCGCUCUUUCAGUAUACUUACACGGAGUAG